AACAUCCGACCCGCAACAUGCCCGCAAUGGCGGACUUGUUCGCACGGUAUCGUGAGUUCGUGAAGGCGAAUCCCGCUCUAGCCACCGAACUCGAGACUGUACUUCGCUGGAUCUCCUACUUCACGGCAGGUCGAUUUGGCAAGUCGGCCGUUGUUGCCGAGUUCCUUUAUUCCUCGUCCAGUUUGCUGACACUCCUCAAUGACCUCAUUCUGCGACAUGCCGCCGAUGUUCCUGUGCACUUGGACCGAGCCGUGGAACGGCUCCAGUCAUGCCUGGCUGUUGUCGAGUAUGUCGAGGUGUUUGCCGAGUUGGCUGCGCUGCACCUUCGCGGGGACCUGGCGCGGUGGGUGGCUGUUGCCAUCGUCCAAACGCUCAAGGCAUGCCUUCGGUUGGUACUCCUCCUCUACCACAGACAGGGGCUUCAGUGCAGCCCCAGUGUUGCCCCCUUUGACCGAAAACUGGCCCGUGGUGACCCGGCUGCUGCCCAGCCUUGCUAUGAGCUGCGACACAGUAGACGGCCACUGCGCAGCUUGGCUGCAGCGCCACCUGUGGCAAGAAGACAGUGGCGCCCUCCUGCAGCACCCCUGGGUGCAGGCGCGGCCACAAUCAGCCCAAAGCCUCUGCAAGGGUUCGAGUUAGCUGCAGAGGUUGCCCAUGUCGUGAGGCCGCUUGCACACCUAUCGGCCGUUGGCCUAUGCGGCCGUUCCUCUUGGACACCUUGGCUGAUGGCAGCUGGUCUGGACGUGGCCAGUUUGCAGGUUCUGUCGCGGACACGUGCUUCUCUGCAGCCGCGGGAGCGGCUCGAGUUGAGUCGUCGUCUGCUGCAGCUGACGCUGUACCUGGUACGGUCUCCCUUCUACGAGCGCAUCUCCCAGCGUCGCAUUUCUCUCGCCCUCCGAGCGCUUGGCGACUCGGUGCCCCUGCUCGGCUGGAUCACCAGGCCGCUGGCAGACUACAUUCCCGAGUGGCAGAGCACAUACUGCCACAACUGGGCCUCCUAGGGACACAACCUGUGGCCACCUGUCUGCAACACCUGAACAGCACUUGAAGACAGCUGCUCACACAACCGUGUCAUGCUCUGUGAACGAAACUACGGCAGCCUCGCUGUUAGCGCACCCCGUGCUCUUGGGUUGCCAUCGCGAAGCCACACCCUUCCUGAACAGCUUGAUGCCAUUGUGAACAGACAGGCAUCAUCAGCUGUGUUUCGUUUGUACUCACGAGUGACUCAGCAGUGGUUAGCUAUGCCAUGGCUGUUAUCAUGGCUGCUCUUGACGAAGGUACAGAUUUCUGCACCUUUGUCAGGCAUGAAGGUAGCAAUGAUUGGAUCAGAAUUUAAUAGAGUGAUUCAUUAGCUGCACCAUACAUUAUAUAUACAGCAUGUGGCUGUCACGGCGGAUAAUUAUGCCAGGCGUCAUGUUAUAAUAACAUAUAAUGUACAGCAACAACGGUUAUUGCUGCUGCUAAUUUUACUCUAAUUCGUUCAGUAUCUUUCGGGCAGAUUAAAAACAGGCAAUACGUCAAAACCAACAUGACACUUACCUUUAAGUAUGCACAUUUGUGCAGUAUACUACGGAAAGAGUGAUGUCCUGCUUACUGAAGUCUGUGAGAUCUUAAUCUUUUCUGCUUUGUUUUCUUUGCUGCCUCGUGCGUGGAUUUCUAUUUUAACAAUCGCCAUUUUCUUUGCCAGGCCCUCUUUUGCCAGGCUGAACGUGAGCAACUGCUCAUAUUAAAUUAUUUGCAUAAACCAGCAGUUUUGUCAGCCAAGCUGUAACAGUGAGCAAGUCAGAGUGAUCUAUCAGAGGCAUGCAUUUUAUGUCCUACACGAGCAAGCUCAGGAUUUGUGUUGGGACCCUGGUCAGGUCAUUCGUGUGUAAGAAGUGUGCAGCAGUUGUAUCAACAUGCAUUAUGCAUUCGCACAGCCCCAUGUUGUGGGAAGAAUCGCACUUUCUCUCCAUAAUAGACGGCUUGCUUGAAAGCACCAUUUUAUAGGAGCGUAUGUGGUUUAUAUGUCAUUCUUACUUUUUUCAUGCCAAGGUUCCGCUUGGGAAAUGGGGCUCAAAGUGUUGCUGCUUUAUCACGAGCCCAAGGUGAAUCGCUCUUAUAUAUUGAAACAUGUGGCUAGUAUUUGUUUUGGCACCACAUUGCGAAACUACUAUUACUAUAUUUUUGCCGCUUCUGGCUGAAUAAGUGAACUGACAAAUAAAAAAAUUUAAGGAUGCUAUAGCUUGCAUUGCAGUAAAUGCCUCAUUGCCGAAACUUGUGCACAGUAUAACCUUGCUCAUACAGUUAAGAACCAACGCUAGAGAAAAUGUACUAACCGCAAAAACAUACGAUCCGAAGUCACUGAAAAAUCAUAUGGAUCCCACGUACUGUGGGAAUCUAUGUAAGUGAAGCUUUCUGUGCUGUUUUCUUUCAUUCAGGAUAAUUGGCGGUGGUGCUGACAGUGAAUGUUUAAUUUUUUCAGCAUUUAGUGCAAUAUUAGAGUGGUGAGUUGAUCUUAAAUGUUACCUUGCAAGCACCACUGCUGUUUGUCUGUGUAGUACACUGAACACACAGCGUGACAUGUUUGCUUGGGGCACUGUUGUGUGCCAUUCUUCAUAACCUCCGAAAAGGUUAGCAUUGUCAUUGCCUCACACAGCACAUCAACAUUGUGGCAGACUUGUCAAACUUUAAUUGAAUUAUGGGGCUGUGCAUGCCAAAACCACGAUCAAAUUAUUAGGCACAUUGUAGUGGUGGAGGAGGAGGAGGAAUAAACUUUAUUUUAGUACAG